AUGGGCUCUAAAUUGAAGAAUAAGAAGUCAAGUGAAGAAGAGCUUGAAGGUAUCAGUUUAAGACCAACUUCUAGAGUUCAGCUAAAUGGUAAGAAGCCAUCAAAGCCAGAUUCUGAAGAAAAUAUUGGUUCAAGUACCGUCAAAUCAAUCGAAAGCAGCUUUAUCGGUACAAGUACAACCAAAUCAGCCGAGAAUAAUUCUAGAACUACUAAAGACAGUCUUAGGAAGCUUCAAAUAACUUCCAAAACACCAGAAAGUUUGAAAUUGAAAUCAGCUGUUGAUAAAAUAAACUUUGAAUCUAAUGCUGAUAAGCUGAAUGCUCAAAACAUCAAAAAACACUUGGAACACUUUGGCGUUGAUGAAGCUAACAAGCUGCAAAUUGCUUCAACGCCAGCUUCAAAACAAAGGAUUUCUAAAGGAGAUUCGAUAAAACUUGACGCAACAUCAGAAGCAAGAUCAAUAUUAAGCAAAAGUCCGGUCGAAACUACUAAAAACACUCAAGAAAAAGAAGAAAAGGUUCAGAAGACUAGUAGAAUGCCAACAAAACAAGAAGAAGAUGACAUUUCGAAAAUGAAGGACAUUGUUUUAAGUGAUGAGGUACAGCUUACUGAAGAUGCUUUUGAUGACAAUAGUAGUGGCACUGUGCUUGAGGUUUCUAACUUUCUUGAUGAAAACAAUAAUGUCACUGAUAUUGUGCCUACCCUUGUUGAUGACAAUAGUAAUGCAUCUGAACUAGAGAGUCCAGAGAAAGAUAAGGAAACUUCUUUUGAAACUACAGAUGCUAUUACCACUUCUAAAGAUAGAAAUAAUGAUGCUCUUUCCUCUUUAAAGCCUGAAGAACUAAAAGACAGUCAACUUGUAGCUUCUACGACAUUUCCAGUACAGUCUAGCACGAAAUUUGUCGCUAAACUCACUAAGAUUCAUAAGAACUCAAAGAAUGAGAUAAAGGUGAAGAAGAAUCAGAAGAAUUCCAAAAAGAGCGAGACGAAACCAAUAGACAAUGAGUUGAAUGUGAAGAAGAAUGAGAUGAAAUCAAAGAACAAUGAGAAGGAACUAAUGAAGAAAGAGAAGAUAAAAAACGAUAAAAAAGUAAAACGAGAAGCAGAAGAAGUAAUCUACAUUGACAGUGAUGAAAACCUAGAUUCUGCCAAAAUACUAGACCUUUUGGCUGAAAGAGAAGAAGAAACAGAAGCAAAAAAGAACAAUAACAACGAUAAUCAUGAAGAAAUAGAAAAAGAAGAAGAAACGGAAGCAACAAACCCCAAAAACAUAGAUAAUCAUGAAGAAAACAUAGUAAAAGAAGACAAUAGAGACGGUUAUCCCAUGUUCGACAUUGAAUUUGAACAUUUUAAAAACACAGAAAGUAAAAAAGACAUUGAAAAAACUAAAAAUCGUCAGACGAAGAUUUUAAAGUUAACAAAGAAUAAAGAAAAUGAUGAAAAGAAAGAAGAACAUCAAGAAAAACAGAAGAAGAACAAAACCCAUAGUUUAAAGACGGAAAAGAAAAGUAAAAAAGAUGAAAACAUUGAAAAAAAUUUAGAAGACAUUCAGAAGACUUUGUUAGGAAUUGAGAAAGAUUUCGGCAAGAAUUUAAAGCAGAACAUUGACUUCAAGGACGUUCUUAACAACUUCUAUCCGGUUUUCAUCGUUUCGAAAAAGAAAGACUAA